CCGGCGCGGCUCAGUCUCGCGGGAUCGCGCUCGGCCGUCGGGUGGCGGGGACCGGGCAGCGACAGGGGCCGCGACCGCGGAGACUGACCCCGGACUCGUUUGCAGGAAAACAGCGCCUUCAGCAUGGUGAAAUGAUGAAAUGAGGAAUAUGAGCAUUUCAUCCUUCGGGUGGGAACCAGCGUGAGGGAAAUGGGCAAGUUCGCCUUCCUGUCGCUGUGUGUGUUCCUGCCCCUGGCCAGGGGGCACAGCCUCUUCACCUGCGAGCCCAUCAGCGUCCCGCGGUGCACGAGGAUGGCCUACAACCUGACCUUCUUCCCUAACCUCAUGGGCCACUAUGACCAGGGCAUCGCCGCUGUGGAGAUGGAGCACUUUCUUCCUCUCGCAAAUCUGGACUGUUCACCAAAUGUUGAAACUUUCCUUUGCCAAGCUUUUAUACCAACCUGCACAGAGCAAAUUCAUGUGGUCCCACCUUGCCGUAAGUUCUGUGAGAAAGUGUAUUUGGAUUGCAAGAACAUCAUUGACACCUUCGGGAUCAGAUGGCCCGAGGAACUCGAAUGUGACAGGCUGCAGUACUGUAACGAGACAGUUCCCGCUCUCCAUCCACACGGAAGAGCUCUUGGUCCCCAGAAGAAAACAGAACAGGUCCAGCGAGACAUCGGAUUCUGGUGUCCCAGGCACCUUAAGACUUCCGGGGGGCAGGGCUAUAAGUUUCUGGGGAUCGAGCAGUGUGCACCUCCAUGCCCCAACAUGUAUUUCAAAAGCGACGAGUUAGAAUUCGCAAAAAGCUUUAUUGGAAUAGUUUCGAUAUUCUGCCUUUGUGCAACUCUGUUCACAUUUCUCACCUUUUUAAUUGAUGUGAGAAGGUUCCGGUACCCAGAGAGGCCGAUCAUAUACUACUCUGUCUGCUACAGCAUCGUGUCCCUCAUGUACUUCAUCGGGUUUUUGCUCGGCGAUAGCGCGGCCUGCAACAAGGCAGACGAGAAGCUGGAGCUCGGGGCCACUGUGGUCCUAGGCUCCCAGAACAAGGCCUGCUCCGUUUUGUUUAUGUUUCUGUAUUUUUUCACCAUGGCUGGCACCGUGUGGUGGGUGAUUCUGACCAUCACUUGGUUCCUCGCUGCGGGGAGGAAGUGGAGCUGCGAGGCCAUAGAGCAGAAGGCAGUGUGGUUCCACGCGGUGGCGUGGGGGAUCCCAGGUUUCCUGACUGUUAUGCUGCUGGCCAUGAACAAGGUGGAAGGAGACAGCAUUAGCGGAGUCUGCUUCGUCGGCCUCUACGACCUGGCCGCCUCCCGCUACUUCGUGCUUUUGCCACUGUGCCUGUGCGUGUUUGUGGGGCUGUCACUGCUCCUGGCUGGCAUUGUCUCCUUGAACCACGUGCGACAAGUCAUCCAGCACGAUGGCCGCAACCAGGAGAAGCUGAAGAAGUUCAUGAUCCGCAUCGGGGUCUUCAGUGGCCUGUACCUCGUGCCCUUGGUGACGCUGCUGGGGUGUUACGUCUACGAGCAGGUGAACAGGGUGACCUGGGAGAUCACGUGGGUCUCCGAUCACUGUCGCCAGUACCACAUCCCGUGUCCAUAUCAGGUAAAAACAGCAGCUCGACCGGAGCUGGCGCUGUUCAUGAUAAAAUACCUGAUGACGUUGAUCGUCGGCAUCUCUGCUGUCUUCUGGGUUGGAAGCAAAAAGACCUGCACAGAAUGGGCUGGGUUUUUUAAACGAAAUCGCAAGAGAGAUCCGAUCAGCGAGAGCCGCCGUGUGCUGCAGGAGUCCUGCGAGUUCUUCCUGAAGCACAACUCCAGGGUCAAGCCCAAGAAGAAGCACUGCAAGCCGGGGUCGCAUAAGCUGAAGGUCAUCUCCAAAUCCAUGGGCACCAGCACCGCGGCGACAGCCAACCACGGCACCUCUGCCGUGGCCAUGGCCGACCAGGACUGCCUGGGCCAGGAGACUGCAACGGAGACCCAGACCUCCCCGGAGGGGUCGUCAGCGAGGGAGGCGGGCGCGGCCCGGGAGCAGGACAGCGGGGAGCCCGGGUGCCCCGCAGCCAGCCCCAGACUCGGCGGCGCGGACGCAGUUCGCGAGAGAAGCCCGGCCGCCAGUGUGCAGGGCCGGGGCAGCGUCUCCGACGGUGCCCGGAGUGAGGGAAGGCGGAGUCCCCGGAGCGACAGCGCCGCCAGCCCGGGCCAGAGCGGGGAGGCGCUCCGCUCCCCCGAGCCCCGCAGCCCUCAGGGCACCCGGGCCCCGCUCUCCCCCGCGCCCGCGCCCGCGCCCGGGGAGCCACUGGGGCCUCCGACCUCUGCAUCUGGCGCUGCAUCCACCACUGUGCUACCCGGAAAAAACUGAGAUCGAGGACAACAGGACAACAGGGUUCUCUUCCGCAGAGGCCGGGGACAGCAGUAUUCCUGGAAACAAACGGGCGGGUCAGUAUUUUUUACAUCGUGUGCAAGGAGGGACCUGGAGGAAUCUUCCUCUCGUAUUUAUGAAGAUUCUACCGAGUUAGAAGAUGUAUUUUGCUAUUUCGCUUUUUUGACAUCAGUGCAAGUUUUCUUUACUGACGUAUUUAAAUCUCAUCCUUGUACUUUUUUUUAUAUAUAUUUGAAAAUAGGCUUAUAUGUAUUUGAAUAUUUUGGAAAUCCUGGAAAAUCGAUUCACAUAUUUUUAUUGUCAUAUUCUGAUAUUUUAGCACUACUUUGGUAGCAUUUACACUGAAUUUCUUUUUCUUUUUUUUGGUACCGGGGAUCAAACUCUGUUCCUUGCGCUUGCGCAGCAGGCGGCCAAACCACUGGGCUAAAUCCCUGGCCCUACACUGAAUUUCUAAGACAACUAGAACGCAGCAUUCUUUCUUUUCUUUUUUUUUUUUUUCCAUUUAGUUUAUUGGUACAUUUUAGGUGUACAAUACAGUCACAUUCAUCAUGGGAUCUUGUACCUUUACAUGAUGUGUCUUGGUUCUUGUUUUUCCCCCUUCCCCUGCCCUCCCUUCACCCCCUCCACCCUUCCCUAUUUACAAAGACUUUGCUUCCAUUAGAACAUAGUAUUCUUUUAUAGCAUAAAAAAUAGUUGGCACACCAAGAGGUUUUCUAACAGGUGUUCAACUGUGAAGAACCACUUCCCCCUGCCUGUGAGGGAGUUCUGUUAUGUCUCAUUGUUCCGUGAAUUCCACACAGACCUCUCCUGCCACUGAAGUGAGUGCUCAGCCCCUGAGCCAGUACGUGUUACUCCCUGCCCUCUGGAGCUUUUGAAAUGAAACACCCUGAAGGCUUAGCUGAGGAAAUGUUGUUCUUUUAUAAACUAAGCCAGGUGCGAUUGGUUUCCUUUUCUUGAUGUUUCCUGACCACCCACAACUGCAUUACAGCCAUUUACAGAUGCUUAGAUUUUUUCUUUAUCUUAAUUUUUGGUUUUCUUUUUUAAUGUUUAGACUACUACAAACAUGUUAUAAAGCGUAGUGUUGUCAGAUGUUAUGCAAAAUUCAUUUUUGCAGUGAAGUAGCUGAGCAUACAAAAGUGUCUUAGUAAUAUUAGUGCCAGUCCGGUGGGGGAAAAUGUAGUCCUGAGAAACAGAAAUGCAUGUUGUACACAGACGUCAAGAUACUCAAGAGUUUUCAUGGUUUUGUUUCUUAAAGUUUUCUGAUACAUUUGGUAUAUUUAGCAUACUAUUAAAGCAUAGAAAAUUAUCAUGUACUGUAUGGAAAAUGUUAUAAAUAUUAACUUUUCCACAAUUGUAAACAGAUAACUUUGUACACAAGAACUUUGAGUGAUCUUUUUAUUAAUAAAAUUGUCUUUAUAUAA